AUGGAAGAUAAUCGAGAUAAGUCACCAAGACAUGUUUCAACAGUAAAUCCAACACUUGUUAAUCUCGACCGAGAUUCACGAAGAUCAUCUAUUGAAUCAUCAUCAUCUCAAACACACCUUGAGACAUUUGACGGGAGCCUCAAUGAGAAAAACAAUAGCUCAGGGAGGAUAAACUUGGAAGGAGAAAAAGAGGCCUUAGAAGAACGGACCGAAAAGCUGUAUUUCUUCCAUGAUAAACCGUACCGUCUUAAGAAGAAAUUGGUAUUGUUCGCCAUGACAUGCUUGUCAUUCACCACUAUUGGCUUUAAUGAUAGUGCUGUCGGUGCGCUAAUACCACAAAUGGAAGUGUUUUAUAACAAGAGUGAAUCAAUAAUAUCACUAUCUUUCCUGGCAAAUAGUGGAGGAUAUUUUAUAUCUACAAUAGCAUCAUCGUAUAUGAUUCAUCAUUUGCCAUUGUACAUAGUAAUGAUGAUAUCAUCAUUUGUCUAUGCAGCAGGUUCGCUUAUAGGAACGUUUAAACCACCUUUUGCAGUAUUGAUGAUAUCGCUCAUUACGACUGGAUUUGGAGCUGGAUUGCUAGAGACAGCUGCAACUAUCGUACUUGUUCAUUUUGAAGAUGGUCCACUCAUUAGUCUGGCAUAUUCCUUUUUCUCUAUAGGUUCUAUGUCCUCACCAUUUCUUGUCGGCGGUCUUCGCGAAAAUGACCACCCAUGGGAACGUUACUUCUGGUUGCCAGUUGCUAUGGCUGGGUUACUUUUCAUCCUGCAAUGGUUUGUCUAUCGUUCCUACAAAGCGCCAAUCGAAGACGAAGGGGUUCAAAUAUCAGCUAGUCAACGCCUCCGUAUCAUUUGCACAAAUCCAACAUGCGUUCUCGGUAUAUGUCUUGACUUUUUAGCAUUAGGAAUUCAAGACUCUUGGAGCCAAUGGGCCAGUAAAUACCUCCAAGACACCAAAGAACUCGAGUCUGGAGUACCACAGUUGGCUCAAGGGACGUUCUGGGCUGGUGUUACAGUAUCACGGAUAGUUCUGUCCUACGCAAUUCCUUUAGUAGGUGAGAACCUGUCAUCAUUAUUACUUGUUGUUAGCUUCGCUACAACUACGGCUGGUAUGUGGAAGCUGCCAACGGGGAAUAUUGCUGGUGCAAUGUGCCUGAACGUUCUCCUUGGAUUUGCUGAUGGUCCGAUGUUACCGUUGAUUUUAUCAGGUUGUACGAUGUCAUUACCACAUUACCUCAAGCAACCUGCUUCAUCACUUUUAGUUUGCAGCGGCCUCCUCGGUUCGAGUAUUCUCCCCCUGGUGCUCGGUCAGGGCAUCGAUAAGUUCAAUACAAAUAUCAUACCUGGAGUUUUAAUAGUUGCUUUAGCUAUCAUGUUUUGCGCCCUUAUCGUUAUGCAUCUCUUUAAAUAUCGAGAUUUAACAGAGCAAAAUGAUAAUCCAAGGUCGCUAUUUCAAUUCAUGAGAAUUACUUACACUUUUCCUCAAAGACCCAAAGAUACAGAAAAGUCUUGA